CGGCUCCGGCUCCGGCUCCGCUCGGUGCGCGGCUCCCGGGGGUCCCGGCCCAUGGCGGGGCGCUGAGCCCCCCGACCCCCACCAUGCUCUGGGGGUCCCUCCUCCUGCUCUGCCUGCUCCGCGGGGCGCUGGGCGCAGGACGCCCCCCCGGCAGCGAGGGACGGAGGGCGAGGGACGCCGAGGGGACCCGCAUCAGCCAGGACCUGGCGGGCGGCAGCCUGGCCAUCGACACCCUGCCGGCCAACGAGACCCGCAUCGUGGAGGACAACCACAGCUACUACGUGUCGCGGCUCUACGGCCCGGGGGACGCGCGGCGCCGCGGGCUCUGGGUGGACAUGGCGGCGGCCAACAGGAGCCACGUCAAGGUGCACAGGAUCCUCUCCAACACGCACCGGCAGGCCUCGAACAUUGUCCUGUCCUUUGACUUCCCCUUCUACGGCCACCUCCUGCGGCAGGUCACCAUCGCCACCGGCGGUUUCAUCUUCACGGGGGACGUCAUCCACCGCAUGCUCACGGCCACGCAGUACAUCGCCCCCCUCAUGGCCAACUUCAACCCCAGCUACUCCCCAAACUCCACCGUGCAGUACCUGGACAAUGGGACGGUGUUUGUGGUGCAGUGGGACAAGGUUUACCUCCAGGGCAAGGAGGACAUGGGCAGCUUCACCUUCCAGGCCGCCCUGCACAGCAGCGGGAGGAUCGUCUUCGGCUACAAGGAGAUCCCGGUGCCGGUCCUGCAGAUCAGCGCCAGCCAGCACCCCGUGAAGGCCGGGCUCUCCGACGCCUUCAUGGUGCUCAACCCUGCUCCUGACGUGCCUGAGUCCCGGCGCCGCACGAUCUACGAGUACCACCGCGUGGAGCUGGACACCAGCAGGAUCAGCAGCCUGUCAGCUGUGGAGUUCACCCCGCUGCCCACCUGCCUGCAGCACCAGAGCUGUGAAACGUGCCUGGGCUCGGAGCUGACCUUCAACUGCAGCUGGUGCCACGUCCUGCAGAGGUGCUCCAGUGGCUUCGACCGGUACCGGGAGGAGUGGCUGAGCUACGGCUGCGGCCAGUCGGAUGAAAAGACCUGUGAGGAUCUGGCGGAGGGCAGUCACUACUCGGCGCCCCCGGGCAGCUCGGUGUCCCCGCAGCCCGGCGGUGUCACCUCCCCCACGGCCUCGCUCUUCCUCGACAGCCUCACCACCGAGGAUGACACCAAACUCAACCAGUUUGCAGGAGGAGAGGGGAGCAGCCUUCCCUCGCGGAGCGCGGGCGCCCCGAUCCCCACGGGCACCGUGGUGGGCAUCGUGGUGGCCGUGCUGGUGCUGGCCGGGGCCAUCCUGGCCGGGAUCUACGUCAGCGGCCACCCCACGUCCAGCGCCGCCCUCUUCUUCAUCGAGCGGAGGCCGCACCGCUGGCCCGCCAUGAAAUUCCGCACCCACGGCAGCCAGGCCUCGUACGCCGAGGUGGAGGCGGCCAGCCAGGAGAAGGAGGGGUUUGUGGAGGCUGAGCAGUGCUGAGUGCUCCUCCCGAGGAGUCCCGAGGAGUCCUGAGGAAUCCAUCCCGAGGAAUCCAUCCCGAGGAGUCCCGAGGAAUCCAUCCCGAGGAAUCCC